CUAAUCCGCGUGUGUGAGCAGGCUGCGCUUGUCAGUCAGACUUUGAACCGCGCACUGGCGCUCAUCACCACUAAUCGCUGACCGCCGCCUGCCACCUGCGACGCAGCCGCUGCCACCGAUCACCGACCGGCUCGGAUGCGAUAGAUGAGGAUGAACGGCCGCUGACAGAGGCAGGACAGGAGGACCACAAGCCGAGGGCAGCGCCGCAGGGACCGAGCGGAGAUCUUUUUGAGCGCGAGGUCUUCGCCGUGUAACGCUCCCGUUACUCGGGGAGUUGCGAUGGUCCAGUCAAGGGAUAUUUUCUUCGCCCUGCUUCUCGCGGGCUGCACAGUUUCACUGGAAGUGCAGAUCACACCAAGUCAUGGUGAGAUUAGCCUUGGAGAGUCCAAAUUCUUCAUGUGUGAAGUUGUAGGGGUUGCCAAGCACAUAGACUGGUUUGGACCAACUGGGGACAGGAUAGAACCGAACAGACCAGACAUAACGGUAGCACGUAAUGAUGAGUCAUCGUCCACCCUCACACUGUAUAAAGCUGGGACUGAAAAUGCCGGCACAUACAAGUGUGUCGCUACCAAUGGAGACCAGCAAGUGGAAUCAACCGUUAAUGUGAAAAUCUUUCAAAAAAUCACCUUCACAAAUGCACCCUCACCUCAAGAGUUCACCGAAGGAGACAAUGCCAACAUUGUUUGCGACGUCAUCAGUUCACCUCCUCCCACUGUCCUCUGGAAAUAUAAAGGAGCAAGAAUACAGAUGGAGAAAGAUGUUCGCUUCAAGGUGCUGAACAACAAUCACCUUCAGAUCCGUGGCAUAAAGAAGACAGAUGAGGGCGCAUACACAUGCGAGGGUCGCCUCAUGGCCCGCGGCGAGAUUGAUCUGCGGGUCAUCAAGGUCGUUGUGAACGUGCUCCCGACCAUCAGGGUAUGGCAGUCAGAGGUAAAUUCCACAGCAGAUGUUGGGCAGUCUGCCAUGUUGACUUGUGCAGUUGAUGGCUAUCCUGAACCCAUGGUGACAUGGACAAGGAAUGAUGUGGUUCUCGAUGCGGGAGAGAAGUAUAGCUUUAACGAAGAUGGCUCGGAAAUGACAUUAAUGGAUGUUACCAAGCUGGAUGAAGGAGAGUACACCUGCAUUGCCAAGAACAAGGCUGGGGAAAGUGAGCAGGAGCUCAGUCUAAGAGUGUUUGUCAAACCGAAGAUCACAUACACGGUAAACCAGAGCACUUCAGAAUUGGAGGAGCAGGUAACCCUGACUUGUGAGGCUUCAGGCGAUCCGACUCCCACCAUGAACUGGAGCUACGGAGAGCGCGUCUUCACUGAUGGAGAGCAGGCACAUCUUAACAGGAUCUAUCAGGCAUCAUGGACUCGGCCUGAGCAGCACAAGAGUCUGGAUGGAAAUGUGGUGGUGAGGAGUGAUGCUCGGGUGUCCUCGCUCACUCUGAAGUACGUCAAGUACACAGACGCUGGUCAGUACCUCUGCACAGCACGCAGUGCCAUCGGAGAGGAUGGUCGGCUGGUAUAUCUGGAGGUUCGCUAUGCCCCUAAAAUACAUGGUAAUGUGGCAAUGUAUACCUGGGAGGGAAACGCGGUGAAUAUCAGCUGUGAGGUCAAGGCUCAUCCCAGUGAUGUGUCUAUUCUUUGGCUGAGAGACGGACUGCAACUCCCCAACUCAAACACCACCAACAUUAAGAUCUUCAGAACUCCAUCCACCAGCUAUCUGCAGAUAACCCCGGAGUCUGAAAAUGACUUUGGGAGCUAUAACUGCACUGCCUCUAAUGAGAUGGGCACAGAGCACAAGGAGUUCCUGCUCAUCCAGGCUGAUGUGCCAUCAGCUCCGUUCAUCAGUGAGGUGAAGCCCUUCUCCACCACAGCACAGGUCCAGUUUGAGGAGCCCGAGUCCACUGGAGGUGUUCCUGUCCUGAAAUUCCGGGCGGAGUGGAGGCCGCAGGGCAAGGGCAGCUGGGUGCAGAGGGUGUACGAGGUCCAGGAUGGCUCCAUCAGUGAGGCGACUAUCACAGGCCUGAAGCCAGAGACCAACUACGAAAUGAAGUUGACUGCCAUCAACGGCAAGGGUGAAGGUGAAAGCAGCCCGGCUGAGUUCUUCAAGACAGAGCCUGUCCACAACACUUUUCGUUUUUCCCCUGACGUUACAGAAGGGAAUCCCAACCCUCCUAAGAUUGAAGGGGCUCUUCAACCUAAAGGCAACUCCCUAAAGGUCAGCUUGAUCAAGCAGGAUGACGGCGGCUCACCCAUCAUACAUUAUCUCGUCCGCUAUAAACCCAUACAAGCGUCAGAGUGGAAACCAGAAAUCCGACUCCCGAGCAGCAGCGAGUACGUGGUUUUCAGCGGGCUGGAGUGGGACACAGAGUACAAUGUGUUUGUGGUGGCUGAGAAUCAGAAGGGCAAGUCCCAGCCAGCGACCAUGUCCUUCAGGACGUCCACAGAGCCAGACGCCAUCCCAGAUCUGAGUGACGAGGCAGCGCUCUCCAUGGGGAUCAUGCUCUGGGCAGGGAUCCUUGUCGUGGUGUUUAUACUGCUGCUGCUGGCUGUGGAUGUCACCUGUUACUUUGUCAACAAAUGUGGCCUCAUCAUGUGCCUCUGCGGCAAAUCUGGCACAGGCACCAAAGGACACAACUUGGAGGAGGGCAAGGCAGCGUUCGUGAAAGAUGAGUCCAAAGAGCCGAUAGUGGAAGUCAGAACAGAGGACGAGUGCACAGCCAAUCACAACGCGGCAGGACCGACAGAACCCAAUGAAACGACGCCUCUCACAGAGCCAGAGCUGGCGGCUUUCACUGCUGCUCUGGCACUGGAAAACCUCUCCUCCGUAGCCACCAACUCUGACACGGCCACAGCAACAAUUGACCCUGCUCAGGACAGCCCCUCUAGCGAGACCACUACCCUCACUUGUAGCCUGUCUACCCCGGCCAACGACCCCUCCCCCUCACCCACCCCCAUCCCGGCCCCGGCCCCUACUCCAGAGUCGAACACAACCCCGCCGACUCCUGUGCUCUCUUCGUCUGUCGUUGAGGCUAAAAUGGCCCCGUUACUAGAGCAAAGAGGAAGUUACGCCCCGGAAGAACCGGAGAAAAUAACCACCCCUCCUUGUACACCUGAACAGCCUAAACCGCAAAAAUCGGGGACACCGAUACCACCGAAGCGUAGACACUCCCCCAAACUCGCCGCACUGAAUGCUAAAGGCAGCCCCCCCGUAUCGCCGCUCGUUGCAUCUUCCUCAUCGUCCUCUCCCACUUUCGGUACCAAGAAGCAUGCUCCAAGCCCGCCGGUUACCAAGCUUCUCACGCAGCAAGACACUGAGACACCAGCGCAAACUGCCUCCACUCUAACCAACACUGCCCCUCCAAAACCACACACUGAUUCCAAUACCACUGCCCCACAUUCCAGCGGGCGUAGCCUUACUGCCUCCGACACCAACAAACCUUCUGACCAAACUGUUGAUAACAACAUACCCACUGCCAAAGAAGCUGCGGCCAGCAGCUCUCCUUCAGUGAUCCACAGUGCUCUUACGGUCCUGGGCGCUGAACAAUCUGCCCCUCUAGUUGCAGAAGUCCCCUCUCCUCUUCCUAUUACCCAGAUCUCUUCUUCUUCUUCUCCUGCCCCCCCUAGUCUACAGGCGUCUGUCUCGAAUGAUUUCCUCACAGCACCGCCAGACAUGUAUGACUUACUAACCCCCGAUGUGGGGCCCAGAAGUACAGCUUUAGACUUAGAGCUGAUGAACGGGACCGAGAGACGCUCGCUGCCCCCCGCCGACCUUAUUAGCUUAGAUAGCCCGCUCUCUGCCCCCUCUCUGCCCAACGGAGACGGAGCAGACCUCCCCCCCUCAGGCCCAGUUCUGGAGGCAUCAGAGACUCUGGCCAAGACUGCUCCUCCUGUCAACGAUGAGAAGCUUUUUUCUGACGAGAAAGUCAAACUGGAGGAGGAGGGAUUGUCAAACGCCCUGAUCGCUGCAGAACACAACAGUGUCACACAGACAAAAACCACCGAGAGCAAAGCAUGAUGGGCCUGCGGGAAUACCCCAGCCAAAAUCCAAAACAUUUUGCCGCAUCGACGAGCGAGAAACGCUGCAGGAGUUUUUGAUUUCCAGUGCCCUUAACUACAUAUUCAAAACACACGUGUUGAUUAGUCAGUGCACUUUCAUGUGCUUUCAUUUCUGAAAUGUUUACUAUACCCGAGGAGUUUAUCUUUAGUUCAUAAGAGAUUUAUUUUAUUUUUUUAUUCUUAUUUUAUUUAACCAGACAGGAUUAUUAAAGAACAAUCUCUUAUUAAAAUGGUUGCCUGGUAAAUAUAUGAAAAUAGACUCUACUUUCUAUUAUGCUUACAGUUUGAAUUGUGAUUGCACACAAGUAUCAGAUUAUGAUGUAAAAAAAAAAAAAGAUUAUAUAGAAAUUAUUUUUCUUAUUUUAAUGUUCUACUGCUCAAAUAUAAAACAGUUGUAAAACAGUUUUUUUUGUUUUGUUUUACUCUUAAUUUGUGGGCUAGUCUCAUUAAUAGCUUGUUAUGCAUGUCUGACCUGCAAGUGGUUGUAAAGUUUUGUUUACAAGGUUUGUUGUUUCACUCCUGUCUGUUACAGGGAUGUUCCGUCUCUCACAAAUACACUGGCAUUGAUUAAAAAUAGGCCCCAGUUCAAUGUUUGGAUCAAAACCAUAUUUUCUAUGGUGAUAAAAAAAAUACAAGAUGAUCCCAAAGCCGGCUGCAGGGGGAAUAGGGACUGACAAAUAAGCCCACAACACAUCAACGGUGCGCAUGAUCACAUCCAAUUUGGCCUAUUUUAUGAUCAAAUUUAUUCAGUCUGUCACUGCCUAACAACAGUGUUGGUUAAAAAAAUAUUCAUAAAUAAAAUCAAUUUGAUUAUUGAGGCAACUCCAUUAACACACAUGAAAUAGAAAAGCAGAACAGCUGGUUCUAAGCUAGUUUAAGACUGGUGAAUCAAGCAAACGUCUUAUGAUCUGGCGCUAAAUAUAAGUCACGUUAUUUGUUUUUGGGGGAAAACGACUACGAUGGUAUCACUUCUCCCUCACGUUGAAACAGAACAAAGGUCUGGCUUCGUACGUUGACUUGUGCUUUUGAACAAAAAGACAGAUACAAACUCAGAAGCACUUUUGUACUAUUUAAAAACUACAGAGAUUUCUUUUUCCAUUCCUGCCUGCAAGCUUGUGCACUGUGCCUGUGUGUCAGUAGACCGUCUUGUCAUCAGUUUCUAUGAUAAUCUGUAUAGCUUCGUCGUGAGAGAUUUAGCCUUUUCUUUUUCAUUUGAUAUAGUGUAUUAUUAGAAGAAAAAGUACGAUAAAUGGACUAAUGUGGUCAUUAUAACACGUGUAGUGUAUGAAACUGUCCGUCUCUGCUCACAGCACUAUAUAUAUUUCGCCAGCUGUAGUGAAAGGGAGGUGUUUUGAGCCUUGGCAUGAAUUCAGUCAGUACUUUAUAACAUGUAACUACAAGGCAGAUAGAUGUCCCCGUGUUUGUUUGGGGCAAAUAGUUCUCAUAUUGAUUUAAUCAGUGUUUCCCUUUGGUGCUUGUUCUGGCAUAAAUACACAUUUGAGUUUAUUUCUCCCCCCUGAGUUGUUAUUGAGGUGUUCUGUAAUGUGGUCUUUUGAUUUCUUUUUUAAAAUUUAGUUCUUGUCUUUUUGUACAACAGAAACAAAAUAAAUGGGAAAAUAAUUACCAAGAGUGACUGCUUGACAUGUUCUGGGACCAUUGGCAGGAAGCAGGUUGGUCUACCUGAAACAAAAAUAUCUUUUUAUUUCAUUUAAACAGCUUUAAUGUCAAAAGAAGUGAUCACAGAUUUGAGGUAUGUAAGAACAAAAUGAGCGUUACUUACCGUGCGCUCUGCUGACCACCUUUCUCCCUCGUCUCUGGACGCUCCUUUUGGUUUAAUGGGUCAAACUCAGACUGUACACAACAGAUCAUUUCUGAGCGCUAACCCAUUUACAAAAUAAAAAAGAAAUGGUUUCCAAAUCUA